UCGAGUCGAGGGGGAAUCUGCCCUGCCCUUUGACCCUUCUUCUCUCUGGACUCUGGACAGCAGGACUCCGACCAGGGGGGAACAAGAAGAUCAGCGCCGGCAGCCGGACCCGCCGAUGGCUCGGAGGGGGUUGUCGUACGUGUCGGCGACGCAGCUGGUGUCCAUGGCCAGCGACGCCCGCGUCGCCAUCGUCGACGUCAGGGACGAGGAGAGGGGCUACGACGGCCACAUCGCGGGGUCCCACCACUACGCCAGCGACACCUUCGCGGAGCGGAUGCCCGAGCUCGCCCAGGCAACCGGGGCCAAGGAAACCCUCGUCUUCCACUGCGCCCUCAGCAAGGUUCGGGGCCCAUCUUGUGCACAGCUGUUCCAUGACUAUCUUUCGGAGGCUAAGGAAGAUUCAGGGGUAAAGAACAUCAUGGUCCUAGAACGUGGGUUUAAUGGAUGGGAGCUUUCCGGGAGGCCCGUUUGCCGCUGCAAGGACACUCCAUGCAAGGGUGUAUGCUCUUGAAUAUCAAAGAUACUCUAUAUAUACUGUACCUCAACUCAAGGCAGAUGUUGCUCUAUGCUUCGAGAAAGCCAGAUUGAUAAUUGGCAUGUCUCUAUGUCCAUUGGAUGGAUCAACAAUGACACCACGUGAAUUGUUCCAAUGAAUAACAAGUUAAUGCCACCUUACGGCAUGUAAACUAUAAACGGCAUUUGGAAUGCUUGCAAGUGUUUUGUUUCCAUCAACCUAUAUGCAUUCACGUCUUUUCUAUUGGUUUUCACUCUAUGUUCUCCACAACAAGCAUGCAUAUUUCUACCCUUCGUCACAACGUUUUCCAGUUACUCUUUGAUUCACGAAGAGAAUUGUAUCCUUAUACCUUUUCAUUGUGGUUGUCAAAGUAAUGUGGCAAAAAAAA